ACACCAGUAGUUUCGUGUUAUCGUCUCGGCUCGACCGAACCGAUCAUCGUCGAGAGAACCGAGUGCAGCGCGCAGCAAAUCGUGGGACUGAUCCAUCGUCCUGUCGCAUGUGUCGUCGUUCGAAGCAUGUCCACUCCGGCAGAGAUGACGGAGACCCUGACGGCGCAGGUGAGCGAGCUGCAGGCACUGCAGUCCGUCUAUCCGAGCGAGCUGACUGUGGCGGACUAUGGGGUUUUGGCUGACAUCAACGAGUACAUCGAGUGCCCCGACCGGGACCCACCGCGAUGGCUGGAGUACGCUAUCGCGGUCCCGUUGAACGGUGGGAGUAUCGAGCUACUGGUGAACUUGCCGACCAACUACCCGAAGGAGCAGCCCGAAGUGUAUGCGAGAGGCUCUUGCUUGGACCGAACGCAGCAGGCGCUGCUGAACAAGGAACUCUCCGUCCUCGUCAAGGCCCAAGAGGCGGGCGAGCCUUGCAUCUAUACCCUGAUAUCGUGGCUGCAGGACAACGCCGAUACUUAUCUCGAGGCUUCCGUGCGUAAUCAAACGGUUAAGCACAGCGACGCGAGUAAAAGCGGCACGGAAGAUCGGGUGCCGGCGGUCUUCUCCAGAUAUUGGAUCUACAGUCAUCACAUAUACGGCAAGUCGAAGAGACAGGACGUGGCUAGCUUGGCGAAAGAGAACUCCAUCACGGGAUUCUGCUUGGCCGGCAAACCGGGGAUAAUUUGUAUGGAGGGAAGUCUGGAAGAUUGCGACUACUGCUGGCAGAGAAUCAGGUCUAUGAACUGGCACAGGAUAUUAAUAAAAUUAUUGGAGAAAGAGGAGGACUGCAACGAUGUGGACAGAAUGCGCAAAUUCACGGACUUCCAAGAAAUCUCCUUUCCCACUACUGAGCGUCACAACGACAUGGGUCAACUUCUCAAAUACCUAACCGAUCGCGAUUGCCAGCACGCGUUCAAGGAGCUUUUUGGAAUAGAAGGGAAAUUCAGCAAAUUUUCGGAUUGAUAAAAUUAUAUAAAAGUAGCAGCGUUAAACAUAUAUCUUGUCUAAUUUCUAUCAAUCUCACGGGAUUUUUGUACGAAUGAUACGUGUGAAAUGUUUUGCUCACCUCUACU